AUGACUGAUAUUUAUCCUUAUAGAGGAUAUAGUGAGAGUGUAAGUUUAGGAAAAGGAACAUAUCUGUUUGAAUGUUAUGGAGCAGAAGGUGGAAAUAAUGAUAAAGUUCUUGGUGGGAAAGGAUCAUAUAUCUCAGGUGUUCUAUAUAAUGAUGAAAAUAAUAAAGAAUUGACUAUUUCUGUUGGAGGUCAGGGUUCUGAAUUUGUAAAAAAUACUGCAAAUUCAAAUUUAGGCGGUUUUCCAGAUGGAGGAUCUAGUGGAAGAAACAAUGUUAAAGUAAAUGAAGGUGGUAGUGCUGGAGGUGGUGGAUCUAGCUCUAUCUAUAUGGAUAACAUACCAAUCAUUGUUGCAGCAGGUGGAUCAGGUGCUGCAGGCAACUGCCCAGGAGCUCCAGGAGGAAAUCUUAAUAAUGCAUAUAAUUAUUCUAAAUAUAAUGUCUUAACAAAUGUUAUCAUUCCUUCUGAUUCCCAAUGUGAUAUAAGUGUUAAAACAUAUUAUAGCCAAAUUCCACCAAGCGGGUAUGGAGGUGGAUAUCCAUGCGGAAUAAAAGCAAAACAAUCAUAUAUUUCAUUGUCUUAUGGUGCUGUUUCAACAAGUGGAAUGUCAUACAUUUAUAUAGAUAAAAUUAGACUUGUUUCUAUGAAUGAUGGAACUACACCAUAG